UGAUUUGAGUCCAAAAAUUUAUUUUAUUGAUCGAUUGGCGAUAGCUAAAAUAAUUCUACGUGCACUUUCUCAAAUACUGCAAUAAAAAUGUAAAUUUAGGCUGUGGUGAAGCUGUGUAAUUUUUGUUUACGUAAAAAUUUCGUAUAAUUCGGCCACAAUGCAUCGUCGUGGCGGGAAACGUAUCCGAAUGGAUGAUCCUCCACCGGAGUACGUGAACCCGAUGACUCCGGCGACCCCCAUGAUGGACUACGGCGGCCAAUCGGUUCACGAGCCCGAAAUCCCUAACGUCAACUACUCCGGGUUCAACGUCGGUGCGGUCGCCAACUCCACGAUGGUGGAGCCUCCCCGCGAGGAACCCGAGGAGCACCCCGAAGACGACCUGCGGACUCCCUCGCCGGCCCCCACGAAGCGGGUCACGCGCAGCAGGGGCAGAGGUGGCGAUGGCGGAUAUGUAGGUCGCCUGGCGGAGUCUCCCCCGCCGCCGCCGCUGCGCAGGCGAGGUCGCGGAGGUCGGGGCCGCGGCCGCGGGCGCGGUGCAGCGCCCCCACCGGCCUACUCACCGCCCCCGGUGCUGCUGCCUGGAGACGAUGAGAACAGUCUUUACAACAUCCUUCGGUUUAAUAAGACUGAUAUUAGUCAAGUAGUAGACAUGUGGAUAGAGGAGUACAAGACAAACCGGGAGAGUGCACUGGUGCAGCUCAUGCAGUUCUUCAUCAACUCAUCGGGAUGCCGUGGCAAGGUCACCCCCGACAUGGCACAAAUGGACCACACACUCAUCAUUAAGAAAAUGACCCAGGAGUUUGAUGAGGAAAGUGGUGAAUAUCCCCUCAUCAUGUCAGGGCAAACAUGGAAGAAGUUCCGCUCCAACUUCUGUGAGUUCAUUCAGACCCUGGUGAAGAUGUGCCAGUACUCUAUCAUCUACGAUCAGUACCUGAUGGACAACAUCAUCUCCCUGCUGACCGGGCUCUCCGACUCUCAAGUCAGAGCUUUCAGGCACACUGCCACUUUAGCUGUGAUGAAGCUGAUGACGGCGCUGGUGGACGUGGCGCUGCUGACGAGCGUGAACUGCGACAACUGCCUGCGCCAGUAUGAGGCGGAGCGGCUGAAGGCGCGGGACAAGCGCGCCAGCGACCGGCUCGAGGUGCUGGUCGCCAAGCGCCAGGAGCUGGAGGAGAACAUGGAGGAGAUCAAGAACAUGCUGUCGUACAUGUUCAAGUCCGUGUUCGUGCACCGCUACCGCGACACGCUGCCGGACAUCCGCGCCAUCACCAUGGCCGAGAUCGGCAUCUGGAUGGAGAAGUUCCCCUCGCACUUCCUCGACGACCUCUACCUCAAGUACAUCGGCUGGACGCUGCACGACAAGGUGGGUGAGGUGCGCCUGCGCUGCCUGCGCGCGCUGCAGCCGCUCUACGAGUGCGAGGAGCUCAAGGGCAAGCUGGAGUUGUUCACGUCCAAGUUCAAGGACCGCAUCGUGUCCAUGACGCUGGACAAGGAGACUGAGGUGGCCGUCAACGCCGUGCGCCUCGUCAUCGCCAUCCUCAAGAUGCACCCCGACGUGCUCACCGACAAGGACUGCGAGAACGUGUACGAGCUGGUUUACUCCUCCUGGCGCAGCGUCGCCGCCGCCGCCGGCGAGUUCCUCAACGUGCGCCUGUUCCGCUGCGACGCGCCCGCGCCGCCGCCCGCGCGCACGCGCCGCGGCAAGACGCGCCUGCCCAACACGCCGCUGCUGCGUGACCUCGUGCAGUUCUUCAUCGAGUCCGAACUGCACGAGCACGGCGCCUACCUCGUCGACUCGCUCAUCGACUCCAACCCCAUGAUGAAGGACUGGGAGUGCAUGACCGACCUGCUGCUCGAGGAGCCCGGCCCCGGCGAGGAGGCGCUCGACAACCGUCAGGAGUCCUCGCUCAUCGAGCUGAUGGUGUGCUGCGUGCGCCAGGCGAGCACCGGCGAACCGCCCGUCGGCCGCGGCGCCGCGCGCCGGCAGGCCCCCGCGCUCAGCAAGGAGCAGGCCAAGCUGGUGAGCGACGAUCGCGCGCGCAUGACGGCGCACUUCGUGGUCGCGCUGCCGGCGCUGCUCGACAAAUUCGGCGCCGACCCCGAGAAGCUCACCAACCUCGUAGCCGUGCCGCAGUACUUCGACCUCGAGCUGUACACUGCGCAGCGGCAGGAGGCCAACCUCGCGCUGCUGCUGAGCAAGCUGCGCGACAUCGUGGGCGCGCACACCGAGACUGAGGUGCUGGAGCAGUGCGCGCGCACGCUGGAGGCGCUGUGCGCGGAGCGGUCGGCGGUGUACUCGCGGUGCAACGUGGCGCGCGCGACCACAACCGACGCCGUGGUGGCGCGCUACCGCGAGGCCGCCGACGACUACCGUAGCCUGCUCGAGGGCGGCGAGACGCCCGACGCUGACGAGACCUUCAGCCUGGUCAACUCGCUGCGCAAGGUGUCCAUCCUGUACCAGUGCCACGACCUCAACGACACAGACAUCUGGGACUCGCUGUUCGAGGACCUGCCGCGCGCCGGGGAGGGGGGCGCGGCGCAGCUGCCGGUGCAGGCGCUGGUGUACGCGGUGCGCGCGUGCUUCUACUCGCUGCUGUGGGCGGCGCAGGCGGCGGAGGCGCGCGGCGGCGCGGGCGUGGCGGAGCGGCUGGCGGCGUACGCGGCCGCGUGCCGGGCGCUGGUGGCAGGCGGCGCGCCCGAGCUGCGCGAGGAGGCCUACGUGUCGCUGUGCGACCUGCUGCUACUAUUCGCGCCGCCCGCCGGCGCCCCUGCCGGCCCCGCCCCCCCGGACCGCCCCGUGCUCGAGGCGGAUGGCCAGCUGUGCGACCUGCUCAACGACUUUAUCCAGGAGGUCGUGUUCGUGCAUCACAAUUACGACGGUCAAGACGAGAGACGCAUCGAGGAGCUGCACAAGCGGCGCAACUUCCUGGCUGCGUACUGCAAGCUUAUCGUGUACAACGUCGCGCCCGUGCGCCGCGCCGCCGACGUCUUCAAACACUACAUCAAGUGCUACAACGACUACGGCGACAUAAUAAAGGCGACGCUGAGCAAGGCACGCGAGCUGAACAAGUUGAACUGCGCGCUGACCAUGCAGCUCGCCAUGCAGGCGCUGUUCGCCGACCUGCUCGAGCGCCCGCCGCCGCACCGCGCGCUGCCGGAAUUCGCAGAGCUCAAGGAGUUGGCGAAGCGUUUCGCUGUGAUGUUCGGGUUGGACGCGGUGAAGAACCGCGAGGCGCUGACGGCGCUGCACCGCGCGGGCGUGGCGUUCGCGGCGCUCGACGCCACGCCGCACGCGCCGCCCCCGCGCCUGCUGUUCCUGGAGCCGCUCACCGAGUUCUGCGGGAAGCUGCUGCGACAGGACAAGCGACAGGUGCUGAAGUUCGCGGAGUCCCGGCUGGGUGCGGCGAGCAUGCAGUGGGGGGAGGAGUGGGCGCCGCUCGCCGCCUACCGCGCCGCCCUGCUCGCCGACGCGCCCGACGAGCGCCCGCCCCCCGCCAGGCGACACUACACCAGACGAAACCGUGGCCAGAACGAUGAGGAAGAUGGAGAUGACAACGUGGACUCCGACCCCGAGCACGCGGGAUGAGCGCCGCGUACGUUGCGUCCACGCCGCACACGCAUCUAGAACGCCGCGCUCGCACCUCGUGCGCCGUGCCCGCCCAUCUUUUCCUGUCAUGCGUGUAAUCGCCCGCGUGCGAAUCAUGCGCCCGCAUGCGGGUGACACCAUGCUCCUGGACGCGCGCGUGUUGCCCGCAUGCCAAGAAAAACACCUAUGAAAUGACUGAUCUGCGGACCAAAUCCGUGAGCGGGCGAUGACAAGCAUGAUAGGAAAAGCGCCCUAGCUCUUGCGGUGCCCAACAACAAACGACUGUACAUACCAUAAUUAUUUCUCUAUGAUAGUACCUAUAUACUCUGAUUUAUUUUGUUAGUAAAAUUACAAACAAAUAUCAUUAUUCUACUAAGGCUGACUUGUACACGUACAACAUUUAAUUAGUUUAUUAGUAUUAGUACUGUUUGUUACUAUAUUAUGUAACAUUUAUUUUAAUGCAAAA